AUGUCUAUUAUCCAAGAGCGGUCCAAAACAUCGUGCUCCCGACUUGUUGUUGAUCAUUCAGAUUUGCAACUAUUUGUUCUCAAUACUCAUGCACUUCAUAACCAUCUAACAAUCUCAAAACUUCUCCUGCCAUCACUCACUUCUGUACUAUCAAGACCCCCCCUUCCAUCUGAAGAACAAAUAACACUCUGCACAAAGGCAGCAAAAUACAUCUGGGAUCAAUAUGCUAUCAAAUGUGGCACUAUCGAUAGCAGUUUCGUGCCAUUAGAGUCAGAACCUCUUCCAUUUGAGGGUUCUGAUGGUAUUAGGGCUGGUCAGAGUCGGGGCCAGGGCUGGGGUCAAGGUCAAGGUCGGGGUUGGGGUUCUGGCAGUCAUGGUGGUGGCCAGGUUCAACUACAUGAUUCUGGAGCCAUACAAACAGACAUCCAAUGGGACAUAGCAAACCUCAAUAUGCUUAAACAUAAUUGCCUGCAGGAGCUGUGCAAAAUCUUUGCCCUUAAUUGGUCUGGAAACAAAGCACUGUUGAUUGCAAGGUUAUCAGGUAUUCCACAUACAGCUGUUAUGGAAAAAGCAGGGGCACACAGUAUAGAGACAGAAGAAGGAUCUGUGUCAAUGGAAUAUCCAACAGAUACAAAUGUAGCUAUGACUACUCUGGCAAGAGAAGGAAUGGACUUGACAGAGAGCACACACUCUGUUCAGGAUUUCCAGUGA